GUCAGUCCCACAUACACACGCACUCCGCGGUGCGCUCUGUACUAGUUGCAGAAGCUGAGACGCGAAGAAGCACCUCAUUACAUCCUGAGCGCCAGCUGCUGCUGCUGUGAGGGGAAAUAUUCACCUGUGACGAACUCACAAGGAUUUUAAAAAUUCAUUUCAGCCCAGAGAAAAGGGAGCCUCUCCAGACGACUGCCAUCUAAUUAAAAGUUUUAUUUUUUAUUUGACUAAGACUUUACGUCGACAUUAAGUGUUUUCUAAAGGUGUUGCGGUUGUUUUGAAUUUAUUCCGGAGAGACUGUGCGCUUCUACGGAGGAUCAUAAUGGCGAGGCAUGACGCCCGAAAUGUGCCCGCAAGAAUGAUCGGGUUGCUCUUCUUUGCGGCGUCGAUACUCCUCCGACACGGGACAUCGGGUCAGCGGGUGAAGGUGGAACCAGAACUAGCUUCAUAUCCCGGCCAGACGGUCAACCUACGCUGCGCCUUCCCGGACCCAACGGGGAUUCAGCUCACAAUGGUCACUUGGAUAUACGAGCCGAAGGAUGGAGAGAGGAUGAACAUAGCUGUGUUCCACCCCAGCUAUGGCCCCAACUAUCCUGAGUCCCAGAUGAAGGGCAGAGUCACCUUCAAGCCCAGUCAGCCAGAGCUGUCCAGCCCUUCCAUCGAGAUCAGUGACGUCAGGAUGACGGACGAGGGUCGGUACGUCUGCGAAUACGCAACGUAUCCCGACGGCAACGAGCAGGGCAUCACUCAGCUGGUCAUGUUGGCCAAGCCCGUGAACUCUGCCACCACCGUAGCAGAGGUGGCUGGCACCAAGCCGGUCGUGGUGGCCCGCUGCGUGUCCAGAGAUGGCCGCCCGGCGGCAAAGAUCCGAUGGGUGACCACAGCCAAAGGCAACUGGACAGAAACGUCUAAGACGGGCGCCGACAACACGGUGACGGUGACGAGCGAGUACCGCCUGGCGCCGACGCCCACGGACAACGCGAAGGACCUCACCUGUCUGGUGAACCACAGGACCCAGCUCAAAGACGAGAGCCUCCCGCUGAAGCUAGCCAUUCGGUACCCCCCUAUGGUGGAAAUUGAGGGAUAUGACAACAAUUGGUACUUGGGCCGUACGAACGUGGGGCUCCUCUGCAAGGCUAACGCAAACCCCGUUCCUCACACUGUGCAAUGGACAACAAUGACAGGACAGUUGCCAGAUACCGUGCUGCCCAAUGAGAAAGAGCUCAAGGUGCUGAAAGUGGACAAUUCUGUCAACACCACCUUUGUGUGCGAGGUCAAGAACAGCAUCGGGACCACCAGGGAACAGAUCACGAUCCACGUCAGAGGUGAGCUGCAUCCUGACUUGAGCAAGCUGCACUUUAGUUUAAGUUGCACAAUCGGUGCAUACAUCUUUUGAGUUUGAUUCAAAGUG